AUGGGUACACAGUCGGCGAUGGAGGUCUUCGAUGCAAUCGAAGAUGAGGACGCAGUUGUGGAUAAAAUCUUUAUUGCUCCACCCGUGGUCAGUUUCGAGUCUGACGAAGACACGGGCGAGGAAGACUGCGGAGGAAUGUUCAAUAAUCUCUCGGGACGGCAGCUUAGCGCUCCCGCCGUUGUGGUCCUCACCGACGGACGUGUGAUCGGAGAUGAUGAUGAUGGCGACACUGAGGAAGAAGAGGAGCCCCAACAGGCCUCCACCUCAAAGAAACGCUCGCAGAAAGAUGCGUUGGACUACAAUUGGACCAACAGUAAAACGCGCCUGACAAAAUUCCCUGACGCCAGGCCUCUCGCCGUCCCCACAAUUUUGACCAUCAAGUAUGCGGCGGUGACUGACUCCAACUUCCAGCUCACCAUCGGAGAAUUGAAGCGCGUGGUGGGGAUCUUGCUGCUCUCGGAUUACCACCAGCUCCCUAGUCGCCGACACUACUGGAACACAGAUGAAGAUCUCCAUUGCGCCCUCGUCGCUGGGGCCAUGUCACGCAACAGGUUAGAGGAGAUCAUCCGCUACAUUCACUGUGCCGACAACACGCGCCAGAACAGCAGCAACCGGAUGACAAAGCUGCGUCCCAUGAUGGACAUCCUCAACGCUCGGUUCGGGGAGGCGUAUCCAAUGGACUGCAAUCUUGAUCUGGACGAGCCGGUGCGGUUCGGCUACAAGGCCUGGUGCCUGAACAGUGGGACCAACGGCUUCCUGCUCCACUUCGACAUCUACCAGGGGGCGAGUGUAGAUGCCUCUGAAGUGGAAUGCAAGUUCGGCAAGGGCGGUGGCACGCUCCUUCGACUUCUGGACAACCUCCCCGAUGCUGUGCGUGCACUUCCGCUACGCAUAUACAUAGACAACUACUUCACCGGCCUCCCGCUAGUUGCAGAGCUGCGCAGGCGGGGCUACGCUUGCACGGGGACGAUCCAAGAAAACCGCAUCCCGCGCUCUUGCCCGAUCACAGAUCAGAAGGCUAUGAAGAGGAAGCCGCGUGGUGCCGUGUCUGUCGUGUACGACACGGCAAACAAGAUUGCGCUCACUCGGUGGAAGGAUAACGCCGUGGUCACCAUCGCCUCCACCCUCGCCGCUGAGCAUCCUCUGCAGAAGGUGUCACGCUGGUCAAGGCAGGAGAAGAAGAAGGUGGCAGUGGACCAGCCAUUUGUUGUCCAGCUGUACAACCGCAGCAUGGGCGGCACGGACCGCGCCGACCAGAGCAUCGAGCUCUACCGCAUCAACAUGCGCCGGAAGAAGUGGUGGUGGCCGAUAUUCACCUGGAUGCUGGAUGCUGGACACGGCCGUCUUCAAUGCAUGGGUGCUGCACCGGCUGGAUGA